AUGUCUGUGAUUUACACUGAAGAUUUAAGAAAGCAACUAGAAGAGUUUGCAAAAUCAGAGAAUAAAGUAGUCACUCCAGAGUUGAUGAGUAUCAUUGAGAAUGUAGCAAAGACUGGUGUAACUUGUUAUCCAUGGGUUCAUUUAAAGGAAUUGGUUUAUUUUAAACUAUCUCAAAUAUUCGAUAUUUUCGAGAGUAAUUGUAAUACAGAUAUAGGAAGUUUGAGCAAUACAAGCAGUAACAAUAGCUCAGGAACAUCAUCUCCCAAUUCAAACACAGAUCAAAAGAAAACAUCAUUGCUCAGCACACAACUCAUCAACUCACAAGAGAUGAAGGAUGACGAGAUGCUAAAGAUAAAGAAUCAACUCAAUCAAUCAGGUUUAAUAAGAAUCAAGAAUCAAUUCCAGAAUCACUUUAAAGAAUAUAAAGAACCACCUUUUACAAUUCAAAGAUUAUGUGAAUUAAUUGUAGACUACAAAAUAUAUACAUCGUUCAGUAAAUAUCUGUGUGCGGUGGAGAAGAUGGGAACUGUCACAUCUACACUUCCACCAUUGACACCAUCGGAAGUCAUCGAAUACAACAACAACCAACAACAGCAAUCGAGAAUGAUUGGUACUGAGAACAACCAACAACAACAACAGCAGUCAAGUUCACCGCCAACCAUCGAUAUCAACAAGCAUAUUGAUUCACAGACUAGUUUUAUCGCUACAACUACCUUUCCAAUGAAGUCAUCAUCUUCACAAAACGAUGAGGAAAUGAAAGAUAUCGAUGAAGAACUAUAA